CAGUUUGGAGAUGUAAUGUCUGCUGAACUACAGAAAAAUGAUCAGAAGUCUGCUGUGGUAGUUCUUGAGAUCUGCACCGCUCUGCUCCAGAGGAAGAAACUUGUGUGGCUCCUACACAGAAAAGCCAUCAUUGAUGAGGCUGUGAGGUAGAUCACAUGUGAGGGUCCUUGAAACGAGGGGAAACUCUCUGGUGCUGUAGCUGGCACCUGUCUCUUGAGUGGAGGGCACAGCAGCUUGGUAAAAGACGCUAAGAGCUGGCAGGAUGAAUUCCAGCUCACCUUCUGCACGUGACUUAUACCACAGCAGCAGCACAACAGCCAAACCAGACGCAGGAACAACUCUGGAUGCAACUGUACCAGAAACAGCUACAGUGAGCCCUGAGACUACUAGCUUCAACAGCACCAAAAUCCCAGAUGUGGCCAGCAGCGGACCCAGCAUGAGCGCCGUGCUGCUGUCCUUUGGGAUCAUUACUGUGAUUGGGUUGGCUGUAGCUAUGGUUCUGUAUAUCAGGAAGAGAAAGAGGUUGGAGAAGCUACGACACCAGCUCAUGCCAAUGUACAACUUUGAUCCCACUGAAGAACAGGAUGAACUGGAGCAGGAGCUCCUUGAACAUGGGCGAGAUGCAGCAUCUUCCCAGGCAUCACAGAGCAAGGUUCUGCUGACGAGCCAAGGAGCCCUCCAAAGACCCAGCCGUCUUGUGUUCACAGACGUUGCCAAUGCCAUCAAUGCAUGAACAGUACCUGCCCCUGCUCUGGGAUUGUGCCGAGAUUGGGAAGGAUGGAGCCACCAAACCAGCGACUUCUCACGAGUGUGGCUGAGUCAUGGAGCCCAACUGGUCACGCUGCUGGGUUGCGUUACAGAUGGGCUCACGUGCUGGAAACAGUCACCGCUUUGGGAAGGAAACCCUUUACAAUGGCAGUAGCAGUUUUAGGUGUGUCCACUACUACUACAAGGUCCUGAGCUGCCAUGCUGCUCCAGGUUCUGGGCUGGUGCUGACUGACACCACCUACCAAGCUGUGUGCUUAGAAAUAGCGCUCACUCUGUUGUAGAUUAACUAUCCAAGCACAUCUGUGUGCUCUCUGGAUCAGGGAAAGAGGAGAGAUGCAUGUUCCAGACAGCUUACCUGUUGGGUUUGUGCCACCAGAUCCCAACGAGAACAGUGAAUGAGCCUCUGUGCAGCGACCGCAGCAUUGGCAGACCCUGGAAGGGUGGCUGGUGGCAAAGCCUCCUCCUUCAGCUGGGGAAACUGAUGGUUCUAGCUGAAUGGUAAAUUGGAGGCACAUACCAUGGAGGCACAGGGGAAAACACAAACCAUGGGCUUUUUCCCUUGUGGCUUGUGUGAUGCUGACAAAUGUGUGCCUGGGCUGGCACUGCAGCAUGGGGAAUUUGCUAGUUCUAAAAUGUGAAAUGGUGAACAUCUGGCUGGUAACACCCUAGCUGAGGAAGUGGCUGAAUAUCCCAAAUUAAGGCUGCCGUGUAGAAGGAGAAAACACACAGCUGGAGGCAGGGCUGCCAUGUCUGGCUACAUGACUCCCUGCUGCUGACCUAGGAAUGGUGGUGCCUGAGCCAGAGAGAGGAGUCAAGCAGAAGUGGGGCUGUGGUACUGUGUGUCCUGCCUGCUUCAGCUCAGGGAAGUUUUAUCAAGCAGAGAGAAUAUUAAACCUUAAACUUUUUUCUUUUGAAUGAAGAAAAUCAGGUCUUAGCUCUACAUUACAGUGUCUGCCCAGAGGUGGCUGAACAUCUGGUUACUUCCUUACCUGAUUGACCUGCAGAGCCUUCUUCCUGCUGAAGGAAACAAAGUUUUGUGUUAACCUCUGCUUGCGGUUACUUGCUAAUGCAGAAGGUGGGUCUUGACAGGUAAGCCAGUAGUUCUCCAGUAAGCCUGAAACACCUCUCAGCCAUUAUUCCAUCAGGGCUCUGGGAAGGAGUGCAAUAGGGGUCUCUGGCCAUCUUGGCGUGCAGGAUGAGCGCUGUUCUCUGCAGCCUUUUUGGUGACCACCAGCCCAGGGUGCUACUGGCCAGCACAGAGACUAGGGAAUGGCAGCAGGAUCCAGGCUGUGCUCUCACAGUGCAAACACAGAGCAUGGCAGAAAGGACUAUGGAGGGUCCAAUAUGGCCAUGGCAUUGGGUAGAAGCCAUGUCCUCCCUGUCCUGUUCCCCAGCCUUGUAGCUGCAGAGGAGAUUAAAAAAAAGGUAUGUGCUUCUGUCCACCCUGUUUGGCCAUCAGUGACCAGGGGGGAGGAGUGCUCCUUUUUGGUAAUCUGCAGAGAUUGUCUCUCACUCCUAGAUGGGUGGUGGCUUGAUGUCCCUGGAGGUGAAUGCACAAAUCAGACUGUCUCACUGCUGUGUUCAUGGUGCUCUGCACGCACAGCCUGCACACAAGCAUCAGUGCCCAGCUAUGUACUGAUCACUACUGAUAUUUUUGUUUGGUUUUGUUUUUUGUUUGUUUGUUUGUUUGUUUGUUUUUUGCAGCACCUGCUUUUGUCAGAUCCUAUUCCAUCCACAGCACGAGUUAAAAGGGAAUCAGGGCCAGCCAAAAUUUGAAUGCAGAUCUAAAGGUGAGCUUUUCGUAAGGAGGUGUUUCACUAGUGGCAAUUCAGGUAAAAUGCUUUGUUGCAAGUUUGGGCCUCCAAGCUAGUUUUGUUCUCCUAAGUGCUGUAUUUUGCUCCCCACUGUGAUUUUUCUUCUUUUGAACCCUUUUCUGGACACAUGCCACUGACCCCCGCAGCGAACAGCUCACUAGCCCUGCCUUCUUCAUUGACCCAGCUUCCCUUCUGACAUUUUUGCGGGACUAAGUUGCUUUAAUUUUUCAGUCUCUCUCUCUUUUAAAAACCAGGGAGCUAUGAAAGGGAAGUAUAAAAGUGUCAGUACCUGUAGAAAAUGGCCUGUCCUCAAGGCCUGGUAAGGUAUGGCAAGAGACAUUCCCAGGCUGCUGGUGUUGGCACUCUAGGGAGGUUGUUGGAAGGAGAAUGUGAGUACAAAUACUCCAUGUAAUCUCAAUUUGGAGGCCACUGUUUUUGGGCCUUCCCAGAGGUUAUGCUUGUGUGAGCAGCUAAAAAAGCAGACCCGUUCCCCCAGCCCUAGCUUCCGUUUCUUUAUCGCCUCCAAGUGCUCACUGAGAACAGCCAGCUGCAGAGACUUCACAUUCCUCCCUUCAGCAGCAGGCACUCAUUGCCUGUCACCCUCCUGUGCUUUGCAGCAGGGCAGGGACAUGACUGGUGGCAUUGGUGCAUGGCUAUCCCAACCUGCCAGCAUUCGAUCCCUCUAAUUCUGGGAUGGAAACUUGUGUUGGUGUUGUCGUUAUACACUCUGGAAAGGGCAACCUAAGCUGGGCUGUUUCCUCAGACCACUGCGCAGUGCUGAGCAGUGCAUCUGCCAGCUGCAGUACAAAACCACACACCUCAUUCUGCAUCAGUGCCGAGAUAAAGCUUGUAUAACAAACACUCCUGCAGGGGAAUUCUCUUCAACUCUUCUUCCUGCUGCAGUAGGUUUUGUCCUGUGACAACUGCCCUUGGGUUAAAGAAGUAUGGAAAAUAAGACUAGAAGAAUAUUAUGGAUAUUUGCUGGGCUUGUACUGGAGUAUUCUUUUAGUUCAGUAGCACCUUCGCUCACAGUUCUUGGAAGUGUAUGUGCAACCUAGCAGAAGCAUUAUGAUGUAAUUGAAUUCAAGUAUUCUGUGUUUUAAGCAUUGAAAUAUAAUGAAAGAAUUUACAUGAAA